AAAAUAUGCAAACUUCCGGGAAGUCACGUGUGAUUGUUUGUUAUUGGCGGUCCGUUUGAAGUGAGUCAUAUUAUUUUUUGAGAAAUGGCUUCUUUUAAGAAUAUGUUGCGGGGUGCUGGGGCGCGUAAUCGAUAUGAAGCUGUAAGAGGCAAAGAAAACAAAGGUUAUCUUGAAACUCCACGUUCAAAAAGCACACAGUCACACAUGGCGAAAAGUGCAGGAAGUCAGUCGUGUCACGGGGAAAGUUCUGAGAAGUCCAAAUCGCAGUCAAACUUUAGGAGAAACAGCAGUGUAACGCAAUCGGUUAGAGAUGUUGUGGGAACAAUUAGACAGAAACUGAAAAAGUCCACCCGUCAGAGAAAACGUCUUCAAGAUGGUAUAAAUUCACCGAUGUCUCCAACAGCAAGAUCAAGAAAAUCAAGUAAAAAGAUCCAAGCCAAAACUACAAAGGGCGGUUAUAGAGAGGUGAGCAUGUAUUCUCCAUUUCAAAUAGAAACACCCAAAUCACGAGCAAAGAUGGGCAUUAGAGCUAGGCCUAGGUGGCAUGAUGUUGAAACACCUACAAGACUAAGAAAGGAAGUAGAAGAUUUGACAGCAAACAUGCAAGCAUUGGUCAACUUAACACCUGGAACACUUCAAACAAGAUCCAGAUCUAGAAGGUCAUUACAGUGUUUGUCGCCAAUUACAAACGGUUCUCUGAAGACACCAAGGGCAGGGCGACGGAGGGAACAGAUCACAGAAAUUUAAUUGAUUUACAGAAUAUAGAUAUUUUAUGUUCUUGCCACAUUGGGUACCAAGAAGAGAGCCAGAAAUUUAUUUUUUUUAUACAUAUAUGUAUAUUACUGCUUUAGAUAUAAAUGUAUAAGGUUGUACCAAAAAGAAAAAAUCAGACUAAUGUGUGAUGUAAAAGGGCAACUAGUUGUCUUGUAUUACGUGUUGUAGAUCUGGAUUCAAUGAUAAUUAUGAUCUUUUCACAGAAGUGGUUUGACAUUGAAAGUCAACCAAAUAAUGGUAAUAAAUGUUACGAUCUUAUAUGUUAAUGUGUAGAUAAGUGCAAUACAUUUGUAAUUGUUAUAAAGGAAGCCAGUUCAAGCUACCUAAGAAAAUUGUUGUCACAUUUGACCCAAAUUGUUAAAAUUUGGGCUGGUUGAUGGGCAAUAUGUAUCAAUGUUGUUUUUUCCGACUUGAUUGAAACAUAAUUUAUAUACAUUUCAUUUCAAAAAGAAAAGGAAAGAUUUUGCAUUUUUAGCUUGUCUGUUUUAAAUAAAAAGGUCAAGUUGUAAUGAUUGCUGCAGCGUUGUUGUGCAUAAUCUUUAAUGUAGCCCAAUAUUCAAACAUUUCAAAAGUUAUCAACAUGAAACUUAAAAUUCUUGCUUAUGACAAGGCGCAGUUGUUAGACAUAAGAUGAUAAGGGCAUUUUUCUCAAAGCUAUGUUUUUGAAGUUACGCUUUUAAAUUUAGAUUUUUUGUCAAAAUUGGUUGCACUGUACAACAAACUAGAUGCAACACUGUGUCCUUUAUUUUGCUAUCUUGUAUGGAAACAAAGAACAGAUCUGACAAGAAGGAUUUGAUGGAUUAUUUUUUGUGUAGAUGGGUCAGUCAAAAGUGGCAAACAAUAUACUGUUUUAAAGUCUAAUUUGGUUCUCGAGAGCCAUUUAACUGGUACUUUUAUGUUUUGUUUUAAUUGCAUGUUUUACUGGAAUAUACUCAUAGAAUAGGGCUUAAGAAUGCAGCGUGUAUUAAUGUUUUAAAGUUUUUAGGACAUAAUAUUUAAAUAUAUUCUGUGGCUUAUUUGGCAUUAAUUAUGUUUUAAUUUUACUUAAAGGUGCUUAAAAAAGUCAGUUUCUAUCUGCCAGUAGAUAUUGAUAUGAUUUUUUUUAGUUUGGGAGUUUUACCUCAUGCUUUUAGUGUUGUUGGUGCCUUGAAAGUGUUGUUUGUCAUAAAGCGGCUUUUUAGCCAGGAGUCACAAUUGCUUUUAAAAGACUAGUUUUAAUAUAAUCUGUUGAUUUCAUUAAAUUUUGAUCAGUUGAACAGUUAGAUACAUUGAGGGUUGACCGCAAAACUGCAGUAUAUUAUAUAACAUAAAGAAGGACUUACAACAGUUUUGUUCGACCCUCGACAUGUGUCCUCUUGUGCCCUGCCUUGUUUUUGUUUGGGGUCCGUCUGGGCUCCUUUCCACUGGUUUUUGUUGCUGGGUCGUAUGAGGGUUGCGUUCUUUGAACGCGGCCUUUCCUUGUUGAUCUUGUUUAUGAUAUUUUGUAACAUUUUAAUUUUUCUGCAUGAUUUUGAGAUAUUAUUUGAGCCAAAGACUUCUAAAUAUUUCGUCAGUAGUAGGCAUUGUUUUUAACUUUGUUAUUAAAGUUAUGUAAUCGAAAAUGAAACAUUAUUUAAUGGUUGAUAACUUGAAACGAUCUAGUCUGGCUGUAACUCAACUUGAUGUUUAUGAGAAGUGAUGAUGUUUGUUAAACUGAUAACAUUUCUUUGACCUAGUUUUAUAAAUGUAAUUCAUUUAGCAAUACUCAAAUGUGUUUAUUUUAUUAACUCAAUUUAGUGAAGUUAUAAACAUAUAUUUUUAGGUUGAAAAAUGUUUACAAAUUUCACUACUCCAGUGAAUACAAGUUUGUAAAUGGUAAUAUAGUGUUCUCUAUUCUAAGUUUUAUUUUUUCCCCUCUUUAUUCCCUUUUUCCUUCCCUAUAAAUUUCUCUAUUUAUUCUUCUUUCCUUUCAAUUCUGCCAUUCAUUGGCUAACUUUCCAGUUCUGUAAAUAAAAUUGUGGCCUGCAUGGCUUAAUAUAUAAAGCUGUUUGCAUGCAAUUUUUAUAACUUUUUUUGUAUAUUUCUUUGAAAUAUUCUAUAUAUUUGUAUUUUUAUAGUAUUGUCAUGUAUUGAAAUUAUUAUUAUAAUAUAAAAUCAUGUCAUGUUAAUUAUGGUCUCUGCAGGUACGUCCCUUUAACUCUUUUCCAUGUCUUUGAUCCUCCAUGACAUUUGAUCUUUGACAUUCAGUCUAAUGUUCAUUUAUCCUUUGCUGCUUAUGCAGAAAUCAUGUGCAAUAAGUAGUAUGUUACUUAUGGAGGAAUUAAUAAUACUGUUUAGUUGUCCGCACAUGUUGGUCAGGUCAGGACCGAGGCCAAGCUGUAAUACAGAGAAUAGUUCUUAAAACUACAAACAAAAUUUAAAGGGUAAAAAAACAACCAAUAAAAUGACUGGUAGAAAUUUAACAUGUUUUAUUCUCACUGGGAAAAAAAUGAUGUUUGUAAGUUUAGGAUAGUAGAUGUGGAACAUGCAUAAAGUCAUUGCUCUUUUCACUAAAAUAAACAUUGAACACUUUUGUAAAGGAAUGUUUUUAUUCUGUUUUCUUUAAUAAUUAAUCUGUGUUAGAUUGCAAAGGCAUUUUUACAAAAAUAUCAAUAUGAUAUGAAAUAAAUUUGAUGGUAUAGUUUUUGGUAUUUAUAAAUGCGUGUAUAUAUAACCCAGUUAUAGCUUGACAUGCUGCAAAGCUUCAUGCAUUAUAAAAAAAUUGAAAAGUAAACAUGGUAGAAUUUUAGGACACAAUUAACUCUGUAUGCAAUAUUCUUAUUAGGGAUAACCCACAUUGUCUGCCUUCAUAGUACAUUGCCUUUAUAGAAGAUGUAUGUGACUUUCAUAGUACACAGCCUUCAAUGUAUUGGCUCAACUUAAAAUUCUUCAUAAAAAAUGUUUGGAACCCAUUAUCAUGUAUAAUUAACCAGUCAAGGUCGUGUAAGUUAUUUUUUCCUGAACGUUAAUCUUUCGAUUUGUUUCGAGUUUUCCAAAUCUUUAUAAUGUACAGUACUGUCGAUUUUUAGUUUGUGUAGACAAUUGUUAGAUGUAAUCUUCUAGAUGACUCCUUACAGACCACUAGGGUUUGAAUCUUUUAAGAGUACGAGGGGUUAUCCAAAAAUUCGUGCACUUUUUCAAUAUCUUUUGAACGCCAACGUGUAUGAUAAUGAAAUUUUAUCAGCAUACUUUGUAGAAUAUUAUCAACAUGUUUUGAAAGGAACAAUUAACUGCGUCAAUAAAUAAUGGUUUUAUAUUGCUUUUAAAUAAGCACAUACACGGCACCUGGCGCACGGUAGAAAAACCAAGUUAGUCAUCGUAUAUUUUUUUGCUAAAACUACUAAUUAACGUAGAAAAGCCGCUAAACAUCGCAUACUUCUUCUAUGAUGUCAUUUAAGGAAUUCAUUAAAAUUAUGGACGUCAUUCCCUUUAAUUUUUGUUGAAAACGCCAAACGACGAGUGUUUACAACGGAAAAAUGGAGGACAUGCAGAAAUAAGAAAAUAGCGUGAUCAUAAAAUUUUGUUGCAAUUUUGGAAUGACACCAACAAAAACAUUUGAAGAAAAAACAACAGGCAAACAAAGAAAAUAAAAUUUUACUUUCAUAAGUGUUUAAGUGGCAUAAAAAAUUUAGUGAUGGACAUUACUUUGUGAAGCAGUAAUGAUUAUUGACUGCGUAACGUUGAAGCAUACGUUGUACGUUAAAUAUUAUGACGUUGACGUCAAUAACGUUUUGGAGUGCGCUGCUGUUGGUGACAUGUGUUUAUGUAAAAUUAAAUAUUGUUGCAAUAUAAGAAGCUACUAACAUGAAUUUGUCUGUGUUUAUUUGCUAUAUAUUCUUCUAAGCAGUGUAAGAAUUUCAAAUCAAUAUCUCAAGUAUAGUUUACGCAACAAAGAAAGUCCACAAACUUUUGGAUAACCCCUCGUAUAUUACAGAACAUCUGGGGUGCAUUUCACUAACAUACUUAUGUUAUUGUAACUCGUUUGAACGUAACUUUUUGCGUAAACAAAACUUAAGUAUUUAUUUGCGUUUCUCUAAACUUUCUUAGCUUAGUUUAAACGUAAAAUUACGCUCACUUAUUACUGGCAUUAAUUACACGUUCUGUUUAGUGAAACGCAACUAAUGUAUAUUUAAGUUUUGCAUAAGUCCAAAUUUAUGUAAAAAGAUAUGCAAAACUUAAGGGUUGUUAGUGAAAAGCUCGCUUGUACUUCAAUAUAUGUUAAAUAUUUUUUUACCUUCUCAAAACUAGGAUAAAUUAAAAAACUUAGGUGCAAUGAUAUUUGUUAAAUAAAAAAUGUAAUGCUGUGUUGUUUGUUUACUGUACUCUUUAUUCAAAACUGUCUGUUAGAUAUUUUCUUACCUUCUCAAAGAUAUGAUAUAAAGUCAAUAACUUAUAUGUGCAAUGCAAUGAUAUUUAUCAAGUGAUUACUAUAUUGUUUGUGUAUUACUGUACUCCUUAUUUAAAACUUUAUAAAACAGAUGUUAGGAAGAAAGAAAUGUAAGUCAAGUUAUAAAUUUAGAAUUGUUUAUUUUUUAAAAACUGGUGCCUACAUGUGAAAGAUAAUUUUUCUAUAAUCCCUCAUAGGAGACUUGUAUGAUUAGGAUCUAGUCUUCUUAUAAUGUGGUUGUUUGACAAACAUUUUAGACACUUACUGUCUGGUAUAGCUCCUAAUUAUUUCUGUGUUCGGAAAAUGGGACAGACUAUACUUUUUGACAAUUUAUCUGAAGAUAUUUAGUCUUCAAUCAUAAGCCUUCAUCAUCUGACUUUUUUGGAUAUAUAGCUGUUAUUUCCAGAAAAAGAUCAUAAGGGCUUGUGCAAAUGAAUAAUGCUUAUUUCCAGAUGUGAUGUGUUAAUAACACAGCUACAAAUGAUCCGAAAUGACAAAAUCUCAAUUUUUUUUAAGAAUUAUGCAUAAACUUGAUGGUAUUUUAGGCCACUAAAAAUCAGUACCUUGUCAAUUUUGUAUAAUGUACUAGAUCUACUUAACUUCUUAGUAUAAUUUUUCAGUUCCGUCCGCUGAAGUUUUCUUCAUUUAUCACAUUCAGGGUUUAUUUUGUUCAAUUUUUUUAGGGCUAUAUUUGCAAAUUAAUUAGUCAUAAUUAUAGGAAUCACACACGUAUUUUGUACGCCAAGUGCUAGCAAUACCAUGCCACUGGCACCAGCACAGAGCACAGUUAUUCCGCACUUCUUUAUUGAUUGUUACCAGUACUCAAUUGUAUAACUUUCAACAUUUACUGUAUAAACUAUUAAAGAAGUUUCUGGGAGUAAUGCAAAUUUUUUAACAAAGGCACAGAAGAAAAAUUUAAACUUGCACAGAGAACAGAAAGCAUUAAGGAGAAUAGUGAUUAAAACAAAUAAAAAAUGUUGUCACCUUUGUUUUUGAGUUAUCUGCCCCUAAAAGUGAGAUUUUUUACUACUUUGGUCUCUUGCAGGAGCAGAUUAUUAAAAAAUCAAGCUCAUUUUGUACCUUAUUUUAUUCAAAUUCUGUUUUGCUAUUUCAUAUUUAGUCAUUAUGCAAAGAUUAAGACAAUUCUAUCUAAAAAAAACCAAAACUUUUGCCAUGCUUCAAUGAAUUUACAUAUUGAACUUCUUGCCUUUUAAAAAAAAUAUUGCACUACUCUCAAAAACGUCUUUAAAUCUUUAGUCCAUUGCAGAAAUAUAUUGGGGACAAGGGUAUAUAUAUAAAGUGAUAAAGAUUUAAGCAUAUAUUAUCUUCUGCUUGUAAUAGUAGAAACUAUAGUGCUUCAGAUUAUCAAAUAAAUUAUGUAAAUUGUA